AUGACCUGGCUUGGACAAAUAUUCGAUCUAGGCGACAAGACAUGGUUGGAGACGCAUAUAUGGCAUGCAAAACGGAUGAAAAUGGAAAAUAUUCUGACCCGCAUUCUUUGGAGACCGACGUGUCCUUUCAACGAAGACCCGGUUGGAUCGCUCUUCCAAAAGCCAUCCGACGCGGCACAGCCUGCAUCCGAAGAAGCGACGAGCAAACGGAAGCGCAAGGGCAAGAAAAAAGCAUCCGACCAGAAUGUGGACUCGAAGUGGCCUCCUAACCGCACAGUGUGGAUCCGCGUACACCCUGCUGUAACGUCGGAAGUGCAUGUAGCGCUGCGUACAGCCGCAUCGUUUGCUCUCGACACGCUGGGGAAAAUUACUGGGCGUCCCGAGUGUAAGGUUGACAUCGCCGAUUUGCGCGGAGGUGUCAACGUGUUCGAGAUCAUGGGUCCCAAGUCAAGCCAGGUCAUCAAGGGGGCUCUGAAACCGGUGCAGCACAAGUGGCGAGGCGACUUCAACAAGUUCUGGCAAGCGUUAGAUCAGGUCCAAACUACAGGAUCGCUGCCUCGCGGAAUGGUGAUUGGAUUCACCGUACAGGAUCCCCGUUUGGAUCCUUGGAAAGCCGACUGGGAAGUAGUCCUAGGCCUCGAGGAGCCACCCUCACCAGAGACGGACUUCAUCAGCGCACAAAGGGAGACACCUGUUCCACCCACCGAGCAAGCUGCGGAGAAAAAGGUCCGGCCGUGGCUCCUGCGGGGCGCGGGUGUGCCCGCGAUGUUGCAGAACUUGUCGUCGAUGUUUAAUCCCGGUGCGGGACUGCUGGAUUUCAUCAAUCAGGCGCGCGUCAAACGCGGACUAGACCCAUUGAAGACCGGGACGCGGACAGACGAGUUGUGGCAGAGCGCACUCAUCACUGUCAGAGUCAUUCUCUGUGGGCGAGGGAACCCGGAGGAUCUGGCCAUGAUCUACGCCCUCGACGACGCGGAGGCAAAGAAGUGGCACGAUGCCGAAGCCAGGAGGCAGCAAGGUGCCACUUCCUUGUUGGACGAAGGGGAAGAUGACACUCAGUCCUCGACGUCGCUGCCCGCUCCAAAAUCGAUCAUCGGGUAUGUCACAACUGGCCACUACUCGCUUGCGCGAGGAACAGGUCAUGCGGUAGGUGCGAUCCCCGUUCGUCAACUAUUCGAGCUUUGGCAACAGGCUGAGAGACUCCACACUGGGUCUUCCUGGCUUGUCAAGAUCCGCGAUCGAGGGGACAAUAUCUGCAGGGUAGCACGCAUUGAGAUGCUUGGAGAUUGA